UAGCUGCGUAACAGUUCGGUAGACACCACCAUUUUAGCUUGCUCGAAAACGGGAAUAGUCGUUAUAUCUAACGUGUGAUUGUUCGAUACAAUUUCGGACGGGAAUGUUUUAAAAAUACGUUUAUUCUCUCAGUUAGACUUAAAGCUACGUGGUAAUGCAAAAAGUGUUUAAGGCAGUGAAACGUACGAGUGUACAAAUUGUCUAAGCAAUUCUGAUUUUGUUGUUCGGUAUGUCAGAAGGCGAGGCUACAGCGUCGCAGAAGAAACAGCAGCCAUUUCAGCAACAGCCACAACUUGGAGUAGGCUCAAUGGCGAAUAUGGCAUGGCAAUAUCCCUCGCCAAAUAAUAUCCACAACAUGUUUCCCCCGUAUUCAGGGCAAUUGUAUGGAACGGGGUAUCAAGGUGUACCUCAUCAAGGACAAACAUUUACCUACUAUCAUGCAAUGAUGCCUGGAUAUGGACAACCUUUCGCUCCACAGCAGAUGCAACAGCAUCAACAACAACAACAACAGCAGCAACAGCAACAGCAACAACAACAGGGCAAUAAUCAGGGGAAGCAGAUAUAUCAGCAACCACCAGUACCUGGAGCACCAAUGUCUUUGGAUGAUGAUUCUGAACUCCCCCCUUUGCCUCCGGGACCACCACCAUCUGUGCAGACGUCUCAACAGAAUAACAAUCAAGUACAGCCGCCUAUGCAGCCUCAUCCGGGAUACAUGUACAAUACAUUUCCAUAUGGUGCUUGGAAUGGAAUGCACAGUGAUAUGAGUCAAUAUAACAACCAGAUUCGUUUCACUGUACAAAACAAAAAGAACGGUUUGGCGUUCUCACCAUCUGGCAAUAGCGGCGCGGCGAAGAAAAAACGUAAGCGGAAUAAAAAUUUAGCGGCUCAGUUCAACAAUAGCUUUCAGGCAAACAAUUCAACAACGAAUUUCGUGCCGGGUCCCAAUCUGAAGACCGAAUUACCACCCUUACCUCCUACGCAGUGCGAAGUAGCCGCUCCUCCUCCACCAACUGAAGAAUCCCCUACUCCUACUACACCUGCUAUUACAACCGCUAAUAAUACGACUAGUGCUGGUACACCAGCAGUAGGUACUCCCUCCAUGGUGACGAAUCCCAGCCCAGUUGGUGAUUGGCCUGAUAGCCUGAAGAACUAUGUGAACAGAUGUUACGAAAAAUGCAAAACUGGUGUGGACAAGGAUCAAGUUGAGAUAAUACUAAAGGGAAAGAUCACGCGCGCCGCGAACGACGGUUCGCUUUGGGUGAAAGACUGGGACAAAGAACCUUUGCCCAGCAUUCAUAGCGAACGUAUGACGCUGACGAUAAAGCCGCAAAAGCCGGCGUUGAAAUUAAAUAAUUUGCCAAAUCCACUGAUGAAUGCACAGGGAGGCUUGCGCAAGCCAGGUCUCUCUACCUCACUCGGGGCACGGCUUGGCGCGCGUCUCUCUGUGAAUCACAAACGGUCAAGGUCGAAGUCGAGGUCGAGGACUAGAUCAAGAUCAAGAUCAAGAUCGAAGUCUAGAUCGAGGUCGAGGUCGAGAUCGAAGUCGAGGUCGCGUUCGGAUUCACGUAGUCCACCAUCACGAAAAUACAGGCGUAGCACGUCUUCGUCGUCGAACGUUAGUGAUCGGGAACACGAUUAUAAAUCGCUAAAAACGAAAAAGUCCACAAAAAGCAAACCGAGUCACAGCAGCAAGAAAACAAAGAAGACUAAACAGAUGAAAUCACAUUUCUAUUCAGAGUUUGGUUUAGCUACAGGCAACACUGACGAAUUAGGAUCCAAGGAGAAAUUACAGCAACGCGCCGCAAGAUUUAAUGAUACUAUUUCUAGGACUGUCAGCAACGGUGUAAAAGAUGAUUCCACUACAGACUUUGAUUUGACGGGACUUCACAUCGUCGGAAUAUGCAAGGAUAUAGAGAAGCCGUAUUUGCGUUUAACGUCUGCUCCAGCUCCUUCCGCUGUCCGACCGGUAAGUGUACUCCAAAAUUCUUUGGCACAUGUCAAGAAACGCUGGGUGGCUGAUCAAGACUAUAGAUACGCUUGCGAUCAACUGAAAUCCAUUCGUCAAGACCUUACCGUCCAAGGUAUUCGAGAUGCAUUUACAGUACACGUGUACGAAACACAUGCUCGCGUCGCUCUAGAAAAAGGUGACCACGAAGAAUUCAAUCAGUGCCAGACACAAUUAAGGAUGUUGUAUCAAGACGUCGGCGGCGAAAAUCGGUGCGAGUUCAUUGCAUAUAGGAUAUUAUAUUAUAUCUUUACAAAGAACACUCAAGAUUUAACAACAAUUUUAGCAGCCUUAUCGGAAAGAGACAAGAAGGACGAGUGUAUAAAACAUGCGCUCAAAGUGCGUUCUGCGUGGUGGUUAGGCAAUUUCCAUGCAUUUUUCAAACUGUACACUGCUGCACCCAGAAUGGCAGCCUUCUUAAUGGACUGGUUUGUUGCACGGGAACGCAAGAAUGCAUUGAAGACCAUGAUAAAGUCCUAUCGGCAAAAUUUGGCGGUUGAUUUCGUCGUAGCAGAAUUGGCCUUUGAAUCUUUGGACAAGUUUUAUGAAUUUGUCAAUGAAUUGGGGUUGGUUUAUGCUGAUCCUGAACGUCAUCUAAUCGACUGCAAGACAAGCAGUGGUUCUCUAGGUGCUUGGUAACAAAGCAACGAUCGCUCUUUUUUCGUGGAAGAUGUACAAAACAGAAACGCCAUUAUCGUGCACAUUCGCGAGCACAAAUCUGUGUGUUUAUAUGCAUAUGUUUCCCGAUUAUAUAUGCAUAUGUACCGUCUACAUACAUAUGCAUAUGCAUGUGCAUAUAUGUAACUACACACUGACCUGUUACCGAUAAUUCUUACCAUCCCCUACUCAUUGCUCUCUUCGUUGGUCGACGCUAACCAGUCGAGCAACAGUUUAUAAAUGAAAAGUUUUCCCCACGAUCAUCUGUACAUGAUACGGGCUUCUCGAUCUCGGCCCAGCGCAAACGAAGAAAUCCAUUUGCCGGGCUGGUACGAAUUGUACAAAGGAUUCGGGACGAUCCAUUCUAAAAUCGUCCGCAGCUACCUCAUACGACUGAACCCCGGUAUGAAGCCGAGGCUCGCGAUUACGAGGAGGAGAGACAGCAGAUCGAUUAUCUUCAGGAAGCAAAAUACUUCUGGUUUGGUCAAAACUUCGAUUUCCUUUCAUCGCAACCGAUCGAUCCUCCGCAAUUCGUUCUAUGUUAUGCAUUGUACAUGUUUUUACUCUCUUGUGUCUGGUGAUUCUACGCUUCUUUUUCCAAACAUGGUCUAUACCGAGAAGAAUCGGGAUAUUUUAAAAAUUUGCCACAUAUUUCACUCUACGCAAGGAUCUAAAAAGCUUUAUCGUCACUUUUAAAAAACGGGGAACUUCGACAUUUCAUACAUCAACUGUACUGGACAACGUAAUCUUGGGCAAAGCACGAAAUAGAGUGCGUAAUUUCUAUGAUGGGAAAAAAUGGAAUCGAAGAACGUGAUGAUAUGAAAAGCUUUUCGGUAAGAAUAGUAUUGAAGGUUUGAAAGGAUGCUGGCAUACACAGCGAUCUGUGAACGAAGAGGAACAAAGAGAAGCCUUUGGGUAGGCAGCAGUUAUCUUCGUGGUGGAUAGUAACAUCGUGGUUCUGGGCAAGUCAUCCGACGUUAAUGUUCAAGAUUCAGCGAUCAAUAACUUUUUAACAGGACAUAUGCAAAUUCGUAUCCGAAUACCAUUCUCGCGUGUGAAGAGUGAUUAUUUUUAUCUUUUUAAGUGUUUGCCGUCUGACAAUGAUAUUUUUUUCAUUGAUAAUUUAUUAUAGAUUCUCGGGUGUUGAGAAUUCUGUCUUCGCGUUCUACGAAAAACGGGGAGAUACAAGAUCUUAUUUUAGAGAAGGAAUAAACAUUUCAUUGUACGGUCACAUACGAAUAAGGUGUUGUGCGUAAUAAAUUAUUUAAUUUUCGGAUA